CUCGCUUUUUCGCAGACGAGAACCACUUUUAUAUCUGAGAAAUUUAUUUCCUUAUAUUCCGCUGCGAUAAAAGACAAGACUUGAAUGAAAAACCCAAACGCAGUAUGCAGAAGUUCAUUGUUUUCAUUAUCUUCUUUUGGAGGGUAAGCUCGCCCUUGUAUUUUUUGUUUCCUACUAGACUUUUAGACUCAAUCGCUUAACACGUCCAUAAGUUAAAAAGUGAUCGGUUUUCUCUAUGUUUAGGCCGAUGUAGCUCUUUUGCAGGCAAGUACAGUAGGUAAGUUUCAAUUUCAAAUUUAAGCAUUGUUCUACUGGCAAGAGUUUUUUGUCAUAGUCCAUAACCACAAAACCAGCCGUCACUUAGUUUGUUAUUAUGCAACGGAAAGAAGACCGCAAUUUCUGAAUGCUUUUAAUACACGGUCGCCGGAAAAUUAACGAAGAAUCCAGCAAAGUUUCCUUAAAAGUAAGCUGAGCCCAUGACUGUUAACCUAACGUGGAGCAGGCAAAACGAAUAAUUUCCAAUAGGUUUCAAUAGGUCCGAAGACAGCAAGUUGAAAAGUUAUUUUGUUUUGCACUUGUGGAGUAAAUAUGUCUCGAAUAUAUCCUUUUUUAACAACGCGGUGAAUUUUCAGAUUUUGUUGUCAAAAAAGACAGCUAGCAGUUAUAAUCUUUAUAAUGACUUAUGCGGAUCAGACUAGAAUUAUGGGCUUUUGCUGGGCCAUGAUGUAUGGUGUAGUAUGUAAAACUGUUAUUAUUCGUCGUUUACCACCAAGACUCGUUUUGCUAUUCCAUGCCAGAGCCGCAGGAAAUGUUAUAACAAGUAGUUAUCAUAAUUAAACAGAAGUAAUUUAUCGUAUACCACUCUGAUAGCCAAUAACAUUAUUUGACCAGUGACAUUUUGCAAAGAAGAACGUUUUCUUGGAAAGAUCUGUAAAGGAAUGAAUAAAACUGUUAAAAAAAAAAAAUACGUGUAUAUGAUUUACAUUUUUUUGACAAAAUAAGUAAAAUAUGACUGUAACCACGUAGUUGUUCCAGUAUUGACUUUAUCACCACACUGUUUGCGACUAAGAAAUAUCGAUUUUACGGAAUGCACUGUUAUGAGAAGGGCCUUAUACUGGAUUCCAACUGAAUCACAUGCUUUGUUUACUCUACUUUAACCUCAAUGCUAUUUUAUAAAAACGUUCUAGAAGAGUUAAAUCAGUUUAAUCAAUUAUACCUUGAACGUUCUAACUGAAACAACCAGAUAUGAAUGGUCAUACGAGGAGGGCUGGGGUAAUUGGAAAACCACAGAGUCGCCUCUAGCCUGCGUAGCUGGAGGGAUUCUUGUGCCCGAGGUACUUUUCUUCCGCUGCCACGGGAGGAAUUUUCGCGAGCCGCGAAGCCGCGAGGGAAAUUGACUUGUAUACCCUCCCUUCUCGCUGCUCCGCCGCCGAAACAAUACAGCACUGCUCCCAUGCUAAUCUCGCUAGCUACGCAGGCUAAGUCACCUCAGACUACUGCUGGUUCAUACACCUCGUGAUUUACAGUCACUUUUAGGAACUCUCGCAGUUGGCCCACACUCAAUCACGUUCUUAAAACCUUCGCAGCCUCUCUGAACGAAAUCGGGCUAACUUAACUUGGUUAAUUCUUGUCACAAACAGAUAGCUCAAGCCCAAGUUCUAAUCUAGAGCCCAGUCCAUCAUCAGUUGAUCAAGCGUCCAAUUCCUCAUCAAAUAUGUCCGGUACUCCAGUUGUCCAGACGACAAUGACCCUGGAUCUUAGCGCCUCAGUAUUCGAGAACAAUACUUCUCAGACUACCAUUCAGCCAGCACCAGCAACCUCUGAUACACAACCUUCACAGACAGUAAAUGCAAGCAUUUCUGCCACAGGUAAAUAAUUGAGUAAUGUGACCACAUAUUUUUUUCAGUUUUCCUCUCGAGCCAUAAAUACGUGACAAACGAACUUUAUUCUGGGUUAAUGACCAGAAAAUCGUGUAAAUUUGCAUUUUUCUUUCCGUUUUAGCCACAGUUGCUUUGAACUGCGCUGAUGUUAACUGGACACACUCCUUCCCCUUAUGCAGUGAUAAGGGUUGUGUAAAGGUAAGUCAUGUGACUUACGACUUGCUCCUAAUCGAGUUUUAAUCGAGUAAUGAUUUUGAUGUGCGGGUGUAGCAACAUUAAGCACCGAGGACAUAAGAAAAACUGAAUUAUCAUGAUCGCCUUAUACCGAGAAACUAUGAAAGAAUAUGUACUGCACGAAGGGUGAAAGGUCGACUCGCAAUCGUAAGUCGGAACCACUGCCGCCAUCACUGAUGAGAAUAGCAUGCCCAAUGGCCUGUUCUGUCACGGGCACGGCAAUAAAAAUUCUAUGCUCCUAACUUUAGUAAAUAAAUAAAAACAAAAUUAAUACCGUUAUUUACUGUCGGCAGUAUUUAUAGCACUAGUGGGGCCGAGCAAAUACCUGAAACAAAUAAUUCAAAUUGAACUUAACAGGGUUAGAAAUCUCAACUAAGCGGAGGUAAACCAGCUGGCUACCGUGCGGCACGAAAUUUUUGCGGGUUCUAAUUUUUGCGAUUUUUGCAGUUUUAAUAUUCGACUCAUUCAAGUUGAUGGUGGAUUUUAUUUACCUACGAGAUAAAAUUUUUACGAAUCAAUUCAAAUAGGUUUACGGGAUAGAACUGUAACAGCAAUCUGUGGAAGAUUAUUAAUCUUAAAACAUAGUUUUGGACGCAGGGACGCGCAUAACUCCGUCAUGUUUGGAACAUAUAAUCCAAAGGAAAGAGUCUAAGUAUGACCUCCGUCAUCAACAUCAUGUUAGCGUUCAACGUUUUGAAACUUAUUAUAUGAAAACUCUAUUUCUUACAGAGGAUCCAUUGUUUGGAAUCUUUUAGAGCCAUCCGCUGUCAGCGCCAGGGACUAUGCCAAAAGGGCAAAAAAGUCUCACGCCCUCUGAACUUUAAUGAAGGGUCACCGCAAAUGGGUCGUCCCCAAAUUGACAGUGAUUUCGUCUCUUAUUAAUUCUAUUCAUAUCUUUUUAUUGUUUUAUUGACUACAUUCAAUUUUAAUAAUUUUUAUUAUUUUAUUUUAUUAACAUUUUUUACACGGCCCCAUAAGCUAUAUUAGCUUUAAAACCCGCUGUGUUGAAAUAAAAGAUGUUGUUGUUGUUGUUGUUGUUCCUUAUGAGAUGUUUAAUUUGUUCAGUUCUAUUUUAUUGUUCCUUAUGAGAGGGUUUUGUCAUUUAAGAUAUCGAGGAAGUGAUAAUUUCUUAAAAAAUGUCUUUUCCUUGAAGGAAAACAUGAAAAUCUUGGAUGCAAUGUCCCGUUGCUUUGAGGUAUGUACCAAUUCAUAGGCACUUAAUUUGACAAGGAAAAUAUUUGCGUAGAACAGCUGAAAUAACUUAAAUAUAAAGUUGUAGUAGAAUAAGAAGAAAUUAUUCCUGCCUUUGCCUGAAGCGUGCCUUUCUUCAUAUUUCACAGGAGAAGUCAGAAAAUGUAUCAUUUUCAAAGAUGGAUAUGCCUGAGAAAUUGAUGUCUAUGGGAAGAAGUUUUGUCAAAGAGAUGAAAGCAAAACUUGACAAUUGCAGCGCUGGGAAUUGCAAUGAUUCAGAAAUUUUUGUCAUUGGCAAGAUGGGUGAGAUUUAAAAUAAUUUAAAACAAUACGUUGAGUUAAUCUGACGGACUGAUAGAUCAAAGCACAGAAAAAAAAGUGCACAUUUACACGAUGAAACUUUAGUAGCAUUCUGUAUAUUCAAAUGAUCAAUAAGUAAAUCCUGCUCCAGGUUCCGAGACAGUCGUGUCUGCGUCAGGCUACAAAAGUACUGUAUUCAGAUUAAUAAGUGUUGCAUCGCUACGAGGCCUUAUCGCAAAUGUUGUUGAGAUUUACGAAUGUUUUUUUUUUCCACUGAAUUUGGCGAUGUUGUGAUUGUUGCGCUAGUUGGGGGUGUUUUAGGAUCAUAGGAGAAGUAGAAGGCGAGUUUCCUUUUUGCCUCCUAAUCUAAUUACAAUUCCCAACAAUUUGAUCUACACCAUGGUUCCACACUUGGAGAAACUAGUUUCGCCAUGGCAUUGCAAGCAAGUUUCACUGAGCUUAAACUUUCAACGGUCUGUCUAGUUACUGAAAUACAUGCAUGGCAUUGUAUCCUUCAACACGAUGAUGCUUUCAGUAUUUAUCAAUGGAAUUAUUAGCAUGCUGAAAUUUUUUUUAUUUUUGUCUAUUUGCUCAUUUUCUUAACGCUAGUUGGGCUAUGAAUUUUUUUUUACAUUGUCAAGGUUUUGUUUAGUGAACGAUUACAUUACACUAGAAAGGUGCUAGCCUUUAUUUUAAAUGGCUCUUUACAGAGAAACGGUCAUAUGGUAGAAAAACACCUUACAGGAUGGCUUGUGAGAACGACCAUAAAUUUGUUUCUUUUGUCACUCAUGGCCGAACUCAAGCAAAUCCUUCAACUUAAAAACUCCUGUAUAUUUGCAAAACUUCCGCAUUUCUGGCCUCUUACUUUAAUAGCAUUUUCAAAUUAUUGAACUUCACUUGUAAAUUUGUACCUAAAAUCACCCUCUGCAGUAUCAACGUCUUCAAAAACAUUUUGCAACAAACUCUGACAACCCUUUUGCAAACUUGGUUACUUGUAUGAUCGGCGCAUACCAUCGCUCAUAGCGCGCACUUUAUAUUCUUUUUGAUAUUUAUACAUGCUGAUAUAACUGUGUAAUUUAUAGCUUUUUUAAAACUAUAUAUUCGGGAGGUCUUGAAUGGGUCCUUAUGGUCUCAUUCGUGCUUGCCCAUUUGGGUAUAAUACCUUUUUUUCUUUUAUUCUCAUUUAUAUUUCCAUUUUAAAUUGUCUAUGUAACUAUUCUUAUGAUAGUGAAACCCAAUAACGCUGUGUUAAAAAAAGACAAGAAAGGAUAUUAGUUUUUCGAAUGAUGUUAUCUGUUGCGUAUUCUGCAAAGGUCCCACUCUUACCCUUGCUUUGAACUUCAAUCUGUUCCCAGGUCCAGAGUAGCUCUUCUCUCUUACCUGAUGCUGCAGCAUAGGGAGAACGAGAGCUAGCCUGCUGCGAGCAAGCUCUCAGUUUCGGGGAGCCGGGAGAAGUCAUGCGAGAGAAGCACGCGAAAGGAGACGCGAGUGCACUCCCUCGCGUGUUCUCUCUCGGCUGUUUCGCUCAAAAAAGGAGAGCUUGCCAGCAGGCUAAACGAGAGCCCAGCAGAUUCACGGUUCUUUGCCAGCGGGGAGAGUGGUGGGGAAGUCUUUGGGCGCCGUAUUGCUCGUAGCUUUUCCGAUUUAGUCAGUUCUAUAAAACAGACACACGUUUAGUUGAAAGCAAAUUCCUUCUUGUUGUCAGCAAUGGAAGUGGGAGUCAUCAACUGCGCAAGGUUUAACAACACCAAGAUGGAGUCAAUGGAAUUUCCAAACUAUACGCAUCCUGCAUUCAAUGGGAAAAACAUGGCUGACUCGAUUGAUAUAGCAAUAAGUGAACUACCUAAAACAGGUAAAGAACAUUGUUAGUUUUAGCGAUAACAAAGAUAUUCAGCUAAGGACAAGAGUUUGCGUCUUGUGAAGGAACGAAAGGCAAGCUGGCAUAAGUAAUUAUUAUAACCAACACAUGAAAUUCCAUGGAAGUGCCACAAAGCCUUCUUAGCUGACCAUGGUUAAUUAUAAAAAAAAAGACUUUCAAAAAAGACUUAAAAUAUUGUUGACUCCUAGAGAACUCAUUUUAAAUCACUAAACCAUAUAAUUUCAAAGCUUGAUCACCUGCUCCUUUUCUUUUUUGCUUAUUUAGGAAAAUUCAUGUAUGUUGUCGCUGUCAUGCCAAAUGUAUUUGGGGUCGAAAAUCUGAAGAAAAACGAUAUGGAUUGGGAAGACAGGUAAGUAGUACAGAUCAUUUCCAUGCUAAGUCUAAGUGUCCUUCUUUGAACUAUGGGCUUUCGAUCAAAACUCUGCCAGCAAAAAAACUUGCAUUAGAGCGAUUUUCAUUAUUUGUUUUAUCAAUCAAUAGAUGAAAAGAUCAAAAUAUGAACACUUCGUUUUCCCGCCAAAGAAAACCAUAUGGAGAAAGCAUUGUUCGAUUGGCCAAUCGUGUUACAGUAUGUCGACGUAAAAGCGAAGUAUCGAUUGAUUUCCAGAAAGUUCUCGGGCAAGAAGUUUUUUCACCCGAGCGUCCGCUUAACCAACCAAAAGCCACGCGCGUUUGUAUCCUUUCCUUUUUAUUUCCGUUUGAUCGUUUUUUCUGUUUCGUUUUCACAUGACCUUGGCAAGGUCAUACGAAAAUCGCUCUAACUUAUAACAGCGACAAAAGACCAGGAAAAAGGAAUCCAACAUGCGAAUCAAAAUUAUAAAAAAAUAGAGGACUAACUCACAUAGCACGUUAAGACCAACGCCACGCGAAAGAACUACGUAAUGGAGCAUAAGCAAUAGCGCUAGAUCUUGCAUCGCAGUGUCUAUGAACGCCUUCUUAUCGCGUUCUCGUGCUACCUGACUGUUUCUAACUGACAAUACCGGUAACUCUCGCCGCUCUACUGAGUCCGGUCUUUGAUCUUCUCGAAGACAGCUCUUUCGGAACGAUGAGGGCGGGCUCAUUUUUUGCGAACAGCGCGGCUGUAAUGAAGCCUAGUAACUAGUGAGGUCGGGUAGUACUUUUCCUUGAUUUUGCCUAGUUAUUAAACAAAGCCCUCAAUACUAUGCAAAGUCCCGUAUGUGGAUUUUUGUGCAGUCGAACCUCUCCACAACGGCUACCUCCUACAACGGUCACCUCUCCACAAUGGCUACCUCCUACAACGGUCACCUCUCCACAACGGCUACCUCUCCACAAUGGCUACCUCCUACAACAGUCACCUCUCCACAACGGCUACCUCUCCACAAUGGCUACCUCUCCACAAUGGCUACCUCUCCACAACGGCUACCUCCUACAACGGUCACCUCUCCACAACGGCUACCUCCUACAACGGUCACCUCUCAACAACGGCUACCUCUCCACAAUGGCUACCUCCUACAACGGUCACCUCUCCACAACGGCUACCUCCUACAACGGUCACCUCUCCACAACGGCUACCUCCUACAACGGUCACCUCUCCACAACGGCUACCUCCUACAACGGUCACCUCUCCACAACGGCUACCUCCUACAACGGUCACCUCUCCACAAUGGCUACCUCCUACAACGGUCACCUCUCCACAACGGCUACCUCCUACAACGGUCACCUCUCAACAACGGCUACCUCUCCACAAUGGCUACCUCCUACAACGGUCACCUCUCCACAAUGGCUACCUCCUACAACGGUCACCUCUCCACAACGGCUACCUCCUACAACGGUCACCUCUCCACAACGGCUACCUCCUACAACGGUCACCUCUCCACAACGGCUACCUCUCCACAAUGGCUACCUCUCCACAAUGGCUACCUCUCUACAAUGGCCACCUCGCUACAACGGCCACUUUCUUCUGUUCCCAAGAUGACCAUUGUCGAGAGGUUCAACUGUAGUGAGUUUAACUCGUAACUCUAAUCGCCUUUUAACAGGCAACAUUAAGGCAACCUGUAAUCAAGAAAUGACGUUUCUUUUAUAUUUCGUCCUUCUUUAGCGAUAUUGGAGGCUCAAAGCUUCAUGAAUUGUACGUGGUUGAAGAUAAACUCUAUACUCAUAAACAGGCCCCCAAAAAGCGAAUCAACAGCAAUUUUAUAUCAGCAGUGUUCUAUCACGAAGAAGCAGAAUUCAAGAAGCCAGCCCUGAUCACCCUUAAACAUCUCCAUGUAAGAACAGUUUUAUGAAAUUCAAUCUAGCUUGUUUUAGUCCCUGCACCAGUGAAAUUUAAGAUGGAAGAAGCUGAACUGAAACGUUUGUCGUUGAUAAAUACGUCACAUGUGAACUCACUUUGAAUAAUGAAACCCUCCUAAUCCAUGCGUUUCGGGUCAUAUGAUCCGAGCGAGUUUGUGACUAGGGCGUCUCUUGGAAUUAAUCUCUCGGCCGUUUGUCUCUGAUACGUGUCUGAAAAAGUGAAAAAGUGACCUAGAAGGCCUGGGAGGUCGUCGCACAGGGACGAGGGAACAAUUAAGCCUCAGUUUCCAUGUGAUCGCUACGAUCGCUGAAAAAAAGUUAAGCGAUCACAGCGAUUAACAAAUUAAUAUAAAAUGGGGUGACCAUGCUUCCGAAUACUUGUGCGCGUCGAUCACAGAGAUCGUUGCAACAAGAUUCACUGAGGUAGAUUUCUGCUCUAUUUUAUUUAAAGGCUGGUUUCUGUGUAUUCGCCUUGAUCGUUCCGAUGGUUUCUGAACACUGGAGUUUUUACAGUGAACCGUUAAACAAUCUUAACAUUAAUUAACCAUGUUUGUGACUUUCGAAAACUUAUUUCAUUCAUACUCUGUGUGGAAAAAGCUGGUAAACAUAUACUGGUCUGAUCAUAGAGACAAAGAGAGAACUUUAGAUUCUCAGACGAGGACAAUUAUGAGUACGAGAUUUUCUCAAUACUGAGUAUUGCUUAUAUUACGCGUGAAGAACCGGCGUCAUUUUGGCGGGAAAAUGUAGUAAUAGCCGUCGCUUCUACUACGAAAUUUAGCGGGAAUGUCGUAGUGACGGGAAGAGGUUAUGAAAUGUAAAAGGUGUUAUCAUUUUGCUAUCGGAAGAGGGCUUAACCUCCUUCAGUAUAAAUAACCGUACUAACUCUUUUGGUGAAAGAAAGUAAACUGAAGUUUUCGGGGGUGUUUUUUUUUUAGAACGCGCACAAAAACUUCUCGUUAAAUCUCGUACUCGUUCUCGUCCUCAAAUCUAAAGCUCUCUGUUAUUUAUCCUAGAUUACGGGCAGUUCCUCUUUUCCCUCAGUGAUAGUAGGGCUUGCAGAAUAAACGUGCGUGAAAAUCGUCGUGCGGGAGGAGAGGCGAGAGGUGUUAUCCUUGAGUGAAAUUGGGGAAUGCUCGUAUCUAUAUUUAUCCUUUAUAGUUCGAUAACUUUUUCUAGAGCUGUAUAGUCUUAAUCCCAGGCUAUGUCGAUUGUUCUUGACUGGCACAAUCCUAUGUCGUCAUUAAAGGCAUGUGAAAAAAAAAAGGAAGGAAAGCGAGCAACUUUCUCAUCAAUAAAAAUAAAAAAAAAAACGUAGCAAUCGAGGGCUUUAAGAAAAGCUAUGACAACGGGUUUCCCCUGGCUAAAUUACCACCAACCAGGAGAAAUCAAUCAAUGUUUCUUGCACGUUUAGGCAAGCGACGAGACUUUUGACUCCUCUUGUGUUUUCUGGGAUGAAAGGUAUGUAACGACGUUGUAGUACAGCCUAAAUAUCUUUAUUGAGUGUUGUUACCAUUCAAAGAUUCCAACCCCAUGUGAUGGAAAAUAGGGAGUAAUUAUUAGCGCCGAAGGCGCGAGCUUCUAGGGGGGUCCGGAGGCAUGCCCGCCCCGGGAAAUUUUGCAAAUUUAGGUUCUCUCAAGUGCUAUUUCCUGAAUUUUGACAUCAUUCCGGCCUGAGUUAUAACAUACCAUAAUGGCUCUUCGCGAAGAAAGUAAGUAUAAUAUGAGUGUUUCACAGUGACAGAUCGCCAAAAAUUUUAAAGAUUAGCAAUUUUUCCCUAGUUUUCAAAAUUUUAUAAUAAAUCGGGAGAAUUUGGUAAAAAUCGGGAGAGCGGGAGGCAAGACAUCAAAUCGGGAGGGUUGGAAUCUCUGUAAUACCUGUUCUUAAUGCAAGCGUAGCGUAAUUUUCAAUCUGAGAGCGGGUUAAACUAGGAAAUGCUUUUGCCUUCUAUAAAAAUACUAAUAAUAAAAAAAUGAGAGAAAAUAAUGCUUAGGUAAAACAAUUUUGCCUAGGAUACAAGCAACGUUGAAUAUGUCGACCGACUUUUUCUAGGUAUGAUCUCAUAUAUAUUAAGGCAAAAACCUCAAGCUGCUUUUUUUUGAAGCGUUCCUGCAAAAUAUACUGCAUGUGUCCGGCUAGAAGCAUAAAUAAAUGAAAGUUUCUCCAUUUAUAUAUUUGGAGGGCGAUUAAACUACACUUUAGCAUUUGUAGUGAUUAUGAAUGCAGUCAGGCGUUUCUAUUUUUUAUAAUGGGAAAGCUUUUGCCAAAUUAAUUCAUAAUGGUCGGACAUUUUUCUUCAUAGGAUGUGGUCUAAAGAUGGCAGCAGUGUUAAAACUACUGGGCCUUCUGAAACCAUUUGUAACAGUUUUGUAAAACCAUUUGUAACCUUUGCAGUACUGUCGAAAGUGGCGGAGAAGGUAGGAGAUAAGAAUGAUUAAAAUUGUGCUCUAGCAAACGUUUGCUCCUUGAAAUCUUCGUAAAGUGAAAGUUAAGAAAAAAUUUCAUGACACCAUCAUGUCAGAAAUACAGAUUCUACAGAAUAAAGCUGCUAACAAUGCUGGGGCAGCCACCCCGAAGCUCGUCAACUGAAGCACUGAAGAGUCUAGAUCUGAAGUCACUGUCCACAAGAAGGUUUUUUCAUCGCUGCAUUGCAAUCUACAAGUGUCUUAUUGGAGAAGCCGAUUUCAACUUUAAUUUUACUAAAACUCAAGCUGUUCAUAAAUAUAAUACAAGACGCUCUAAUGAUAUUCGCUUACCCCUACCCAGAACAAACUGGGGUAAACAAACUUAUAUUUUUCACGCCGCGAAAGACUGGAACAGCCUUCCAAAUGAUUUAAAAGAGUGUAAUAUUUUAUCUAUUUUUAAAUCCAAGUUAAAAACUUUUUUAAAAGAUCUCAGCUAAUUUUAAACCUUGAUAUUUUUUGUGUAAUCGAUUUUAAGAUUUUAAUUUUUUAAAUUUGUUUUACUCGUAAACAUAUUUUACUUUUUUCGUAAUAAUUAAUUAAUUAGCUAGAUUAAUGCAUGAGGGCCCCACUGAAAACCGCCUUGGCGAGUUGGGCUCCCUCUAUAAAUAUUAUUAUUAUUAUUAUUAUUAUUAUUAUAAGUUCGCAUUUAGCGACCUUUGCAGUACUGUCGAAAGUGGCGGAGAAGGUAGGAGAUAGAAUGAUUAAAAUUGUGCUCUGGCAAACGUUUGCUCCUUGAGGUCCUCGUAAAGUGAAAGUUAAGAAAAAAAUUUCAUUUAAAAAUACAUCAGACUGGUAGACCAUUUCCAGUACGGCCUCGAAUUAUCGAAUGUAAGCCAGCUGACAAUUGAGAUAAAAAUUUGCGGAGAACAUGCAGGUUUUCUGUUUGCUACCCCAUAUUUGUCGUAUUUGCUCUAAAAUAAGUGAAACUUCAUGCGAACAGUCUACUCCUGCUUUGGUGUCAAAGAUUUUCCCCCUCCUAUUACAUUUUGAUCAGCUAUUUUGUAGACCAGCAAUGAUAAAUUACCACUGAUGCAUGGCAGUAAGUGAUUGUCAGCCGAAUUCUGCACCUUUUAUUCCUCGCAUUAAGCUUGUUUCUGUCAUUUUGAACUUAAGUGGAUGACUCCAAUUGCGGUAUCAUGAUUCGAACAGUUUACUCCAGACCUGCUUGGUUCAAAGAUUUUUCCGCCCCUUCUACUCAGGCAUUUUGAUCGGUCAGUACGCCAGGAAUAACACUCUCCCAUCCCCACCAUUACCGUCAUUCAGUCGAAUUCUGUAUAUUAUAUUUUAUGUCAUGUCUUAAGCUUGUUUAGUGGAGGCGUGUGUGGCCGCCGGUUAACACCUGGAACUCUUCAUGCUAUGGAAACCGGAAAAAAGCACCGGCCUUGUGGGCCUUUGGCUCGCGUGCGCCUUUGCCUUACCUUAUCUUUAAGCUUGUUUGUCGGUGUUGUUUUGAACUUAGGUGGAUGACUCAGAUCGCAAACUGUUCGUAACAGUUGCCACUGUUUUGGGAUCGUUCUCAAUUCUCAGCCUUCUUAUCUGUGCUAUUGUUGCCAUUGUCAUCAAGUGAGUAAACCAGGAUUAUUCUGAACGCAGCUACCAUAAAUCGUUCAAUAAGACGUCUAUAUGCACGUUAAUUAAUGCUUAUCUCCAAAGCCCCGGAAACGAGGCUAACCAUUCCCCAAAUCUUUAAGAUAAACGCCCCUCCCCCCCCCACCCCCCACCGCAAUCCCGGCUCCCAUGAAAGAAAGGCCGAAGAACGAAUUACGGAAUACUUUAGGACUUUUAAAGUCUGGUGGAAAUUAACAACGUGUACACUGAUUUACGGCAUGUUUUCACUGCAUGAUAAGCUGCUGGCUUUUGCUAUUUAAUUGUACAGCUGGCAUUCACUCAAAACAACUACAACAACCACUGGCAACAACAACAAAACAAAACAAACAGACAAACGAACAAAAACGUCAUGUAAAGAACGAUAAUUUCAGUUACUUACUGGGUGGCCUGGGUCCUUCGCUUCUAUAUAGACUAGUACUGAAUUUUUAGUACAUAAUGAUAGAUGAUGUAAGCCGCAUAAUAAAAAUAUCGCCAUAAUAGUUUUUUAACUAAUGACAUAGAACUGAGUAACAAACUAGAUCGAUAGCUUUGCUUACAUUUCGAAAAAAGCUUGCACUUCUUCUGUACAGCAUUUGGACUUGGUUUUACAAGAUUACAGCACAAUAUUGAAGGUCCAUCACUCCAAGGUUUAGCGAAACGUUGGUAAACUGUGAGAACUUUAUCAUACUAUUGGCUGUACUGAGAUCCCCUUUAGGCCAGUCGCAAGGAAAACUAUAAUCUUCAACCAACUUUGUUCGAGACGAGAUCAAUGUGUACAGCAUAUAAUUGUGAUAAAAUUUGGAUUGACCACGUGUUUAAUUUUUUUUGCCAGUUACCAUCAGUUUGAUAAAAUGCGCAUCGCUCUGAACAUGGAUGUCUCUCUACUGCUGAGUCAGCUGGUUUUCUUCAUCGGAUUACCCACAAGCACCACUCUGGUAAGUCAUAACAUGCAGAUCAGACGCGAAAAAUUGUCGCGCAAACUGUCUUGCAUAUAAGUUAAACGUUACUUUUCGAAACUCUUCGGGAAAAGGCUCGCUCCAUGAAAGAUAAUCCAAGCCAGUUUUGGAUUCUGGAUUCCACGCUCUGGUUUCCGGAUUCCAAUCGUUAGCAGGAUUCCGGAAUCCUUGAGCUAAAUAACGGAUUCCAAAGCCCAGGAUUCCAGAUUUCACGUGCAAAAAUUUCCCUGAUUCUGGAUUCCACAAUCAUAAAUUUCCUGGAUCCAGGAAUCAAAAUAUCCAUUCAAGCGCGAAAACGAAAUAGGCUCGAAUUAGUACCUGUAUCUCUGUGUAUUGCUUGGUCAUCAGAAGUUAACCAGCCUUAUGAGAAGUUCUUCUUGUAAUGCGUCCCAACAAGCUCGAUAUUGAAGAAUCUUUUUUCUCUCUGACAAACUCAAAAUAAGCACGCAAUCCAGGUACUUUGGGCGCAAUACAUUACUACUGCUAGGUCACUGCAAUGAAAUGUUCCAGUUUUAAUGCACAGGUUAAUAUAAGCUAUUGUUUGAGACUUCCAAAACAAUAAAUGGUUACAAUAAAUGGUCUGCACCGAGAUUAUCACCACAAGUCUGUUUUGCUCCAAAGAGCUCACCCGCUAAUACGGUUUAAUACGACCCGGUUUCUUUCACUCAGAAAGGUUAUUGCGGUUUAAUCUUGUGAUAGGUGAUAUGUACUGCACAGGUGACCGCUCUCCACUAGCCCAAGUUUUGACUGGUAGCGAUUUAUAAUCUUUUCAUUUGAUUAUUUUUCUUUUUUAGUUUCAUUCCAAUCCCAAAACAUGCGAAGUUGUGAAUCCGUUUCUUCAGUUCUUUGAGCUGGCAGCCUUGUCCUGGUUACUGAUGGAAGGGAUCUACUAUUACUCAACACUUAAACCGCUGUUCAACGACAACAACACAGUCCCUAUCGUAUUUUAUUUCGCAGUGGGUUGGGGUAAGUCACAUUUAUCAGAAACGGUGAUAUAUAUUAUGAGUUUCUGUUCCACUUCAAAACUGAGGCCCUUUUUGCAUAAUCAAUUGACUCCAACUGCUUAUUAGGUGAACAGAAAAAUGUUACAAAGGAAUAAGGGAGCACUUCGAUCCUUAGUAAUGUAGUAAUUCGAUAAAUAUAUAAAAUAAAUAAAAUGUCAGUUGUUUUGGGUCUUUGAAGUUCAAGCUGACAGGUAACAACGCAUUAUAUAUGCCCCACGCAGGUAUCCCAGUGGCCUUCGCCAGCGCAUGCGCUGAAUUCAACUAUCCUCACUUUGGUAUUCCAGAGAGGAGUGAAUUGUAAGUUAUCGUGUUAUUUAACUCAACCAAUCCACUAAUGCCCACUUAGCGAAUGUUUGAAAGCUGCUCUCCAAGAUUAUAAGAAUGUUAAUUAGAUUUUGAAUCCCUACGUGCACUAAUAAAUGCAUGAAGAUUGGUGCAGUUGUUCGAAACCAGUUGUAAAUUAAACUGGGUUAUUGUUUUUCUUAGUCAUCCAAUAAACCUUUUCAUAGCGCAUGACAAUUUGAACUAUUAUACUACUACAUGAGAAAUUUCUGAAAUUUGAUUGGCUUAGAGCAGUGGUAUUUCAGCUUAAUUUGAAUACCUACAUGGGAAAAUUACAAACUUUUUAUAGCUGGGAGUGGUAUAAACAAAUAAUAGCAUGAUUUGUGCGUGAUAUUUGGCAUAAAUAUCACUCGUGAUAUUUCAAAAUUGUCUCAAAUUUCACUAGCCUAAAGGCUCGUGAAAUUUCUUAUAACAAUUUCGAAAUAUCACUCGUGGUAUUUAUUUCAAAUAUCACUACAAAUCAUGCUAUUACCUAUACAAAUCGAAUCCCUCAUUAACUAUCACCGAAAUACUGAGAUUUAAUGACAGCUCAGGAUGUUCGACCGUAGUCGAUUCAAAGCGUCUGAAAAAAUUUAAGCUUAAAAGAACUUUUUAUGGGUUUGCUAUCAACGUUCAUUUCUACUUUUAGUGCAUGCUACCCCUGGCUUUACUUAAUAUCAUUUGCCUAUAUUCUCUAUUCCCUAUAGUUGCUGGAUGUUUGUUCGUGGAAGCGAGGCUUGGUACUUUGGUGCCCCUGUGUUGAUUCUAGUUGUGGUAAGAAAUAGAACAUUAGGCCAUUUAUACGAGGAAAAAUAAGACAUGUCUUACAUAAGACGCGUCUUAAAUAAGACGCGAACUGUACCAUUUAUACGAGCAUGUCUCAUCUAAGACGAGAAAAACUCGUAUAAAUGGUUCGCGUCUUAUUUCUGUUCUUGACUCGUUUUCAUCUGAAUGUUGCCCGUAGCAACGGCAACCAACAAGGCGCGAAAAUUUUCCCGCCAAAAAUUAACGCAUGCGUACCAUGCGUUCGCGUCUUAUGUAAGACGCGAAGGUCAUUUAUACGAAGUUUUUCUCGUCUUAGCUAAGACGCGUCUUAUCUAAGAACAGGUGUUAAGGGCUGUUCUAAAAUAAGACGCGUCUUAGCUAAGUCGCGUCUUAUUUUAGACGAAAUGUGCCGUUUAUACGGAAAGUUCGCGUCUUAUUUAAGACGCGUCUUAUUUUUCCUCGUAUAAAUGGCCCUAUUGUGUCUAAAUGUACGCAAGGAAACGACUGAGGAUACUUGGUUAUAAUUUUGGCUCAUUUCGGACUAAAAAAAUUGGAACUUCUAAUGGUAAAUUUUACUCACAGGAAUAGACUGUCAAGUUAUUCAACCUUGCUAUCUUUAUACGUAUAUGUUACUCUUAGCUGAAUCUUAUCACCCGGGCGUGCACAUUGAAGGAAGUUAUAACCUGGCAAGACGAUCCGGAUGAUAUCAGACUUGAAAGGGCAAAGUAAGUUCAGUAUUCGGUUACAAUUGAAGGGCUCAGCAGCCUGCCCUGUCUAAUAUAUGACCAUGUAGUCGACGUCUUUAAAUACUGACAUGCUUUCACUAUAAACAGACUAGUUGUGUACCGGCCACCAACUGACGCAACCUCCACAACAGCUGCUUGAGAUCAACUACCUGUAAUAAAAUCUAACCCAAACCUUUUGUCAUUUUAAAAGUGACUUAAAGGGCUUUUUUCUUUACUUGAUUUCCGCGCCCCGCUCUCUAGAGUCCGAGGAGUGCGGGAUCAUUCCCAAACAGUGACUGGAACUGAUCCCAUCUAGGUUUUGGUGUAGUCAUGUAGUUCAUUGCAAUAUUACAAAUGGUUGUGUUAGGCAGGUUCUGAAAUCCUAGCGCGGUCUGUAACUUUGGCAUUCGAUGCUGUUUUUAAGUGUAAUACCCAUGUCGCAUUGCCUUGAAUAAUUAUAAUCAUUAUUUCAGAUAUCGCCUAGUGACGUCAGUGGUGAUUAUGCUGGCGAUUGUCUUGACUUGGUUAUCUGGGAUCCUUGCCGUGAACAACACAACAAGCAAAACUUACCACUACUUCUUCAUUGUGUUCUACACGUUCCAGGUUUGAGGAUCAUACUUCUUUUUCAAUUUUGUCCCUAGGCGUCCUUUCUUGCUCUGUUGUCCGCGUUAAGUCUGGGAAAGGGUGGGUCUCUUGUUGACGUCACAGCUCAAGGUAGAGUCCAGGACUGACCAAGCCGAGACUUGACUGCUUCUUCUCUUCAAAUUCAGAAUAUAUCUUGCUUCUCGAGAAAAAAUAUUUUCCCUGUAAGAGCUAGAUCGUCACGCCAAAUUUGUGUCAUAUUUUUGUUACUGCAGGGUUUGUUGGUCCUCCUUUUCUACUGCAUCCGCAACCAGGAGGUAAGAGUUCAAAUUAAACAACGUUUUUUAACCCCUUAGAGGAGAGUUUUAUACGAGCAGGCUCCGCCCCGUGGUCCAGUCCCCUUCCGGCUUAACGUAAUGGAGUGAUAAACGUAACUGCUUUCUAUUAAAUAUGCACAUUGUUGAAUGAAAAAACAGUUUUACUCUGUUAAUGAGCAAAACUGAAAUUUGUAAACGCCCUGAUGAGUAUAAGCUGUUUACAGUUAGAUUGUUGACGAAGAAGAUAUAGGAUCGGCUUUAAUAUUUCGAUUUUUGUCCCUUUUUAGAUGUGGGAGUUCAGAAAGGGUAAAAAAGAAGAAGAAGAAAAAGAAAAGGUAAAAACUUAACUGAAAUACCCAUUAAAACUCCAGCAUCUUGAAUAGUUGUUUCCUAAAAUAUCAAUGGUGCUUAGCCUGGAUAGAAUGAAAGACGGGAACACUAGUACUGUAGUGCAUAGUCGCAAAGUGAAAAAGGUCUGGAGUUAGGGCCUGUUUACAUGGAGGUGGGGGACCCCAGAUAAGUGAGGUAACAUGGGGCGGGUCACCCCACCCAUCAUGUAAACGUGAUCAAAUUAAACUGAGAGAUUAUGUGGAGAGGCGGGUUACCGACCAAAGCGGGUUACCUCAUCACCUACCUGGGGUCCCUCACUGUAAACAGGCCCUUAAGGGACUGAACACACUCUUGCAUUGUCUCAAAGCUAUUCAUUCAUCUAGGUGCAUUACAAUUGUUCAACACUUAGACAUUUCUCACUGCACAGCCUUCAUUCAAUUUUAGAAAUGAAAAUUUAGCCACCAUGGUACCAGAUAACGAAACUGAAUGCAUUAUGUUGUACCAUAAUUUAUCUUCACCACCUUAUUUUCUCUUUCAGAACAAAACUUACGACUUUGUCUACCAUCCUUGAAAUCAACAGAAGUGUUUUCUAAAAGUUCCUUUGAACGUGAUAUUUAUAACAAAAUUGCACCGCCUUGUCAAGACCAUUAUUACUAGUUACCCGGUCCCUUAAUAAUAGGCCUUUUGCAGCUAGUUAUUCGUAUGGUACAAAACCGCCAUGCUACAGAGCAAAAGACGCACUGGGAGAAGACAAACAAAGGAAAUUAUAAUUUAAAAUAAUGUGAGCUCUUUGUUCAGUUAUCUUGUUCCGAGCUUAACAGCCUGGCGAUUCUGUAACGCGUGAAUGACUGGCUGCAAGGGGCCUAUUAGCUCCUAUUGGUCGGUCACAUAUGGCACAGAAAUUAAAGGGCCCUACUCGAGCCAAACACAACGUAAGCUAGCAUAAGCCACAGUAAAACCUUCAUGAGCGAUCAUCGGUCAUAAGCUGGAGGUCAUAAGCUUUCCCAGUCAAGGGUUUUCUAGCGUUUGGACACCUUUUUUCGCACUCAAUCGAAGAAGCUUAGAACGGGACUUUCCGUUUUUCCAAAUUGGGGGGACUCAUCUGAGGAUAUUUGGAAACCGUAAUCAUGUAAUGUUCUAGAUUAUGAUUGUAAAUCAGGUAGUACACCAGAGCGACUGCAAGAAGCAAGUUAAAAUAAGUUAAUAAAAACAGAGUAACAAGCUGUCCUUGUAGCAGAGAAGACGGGAGAGAACAAAAUGAACGAAAGAACAAACUUUUUCAUUUUUCUUUCAUCUGUAAUAAUGAAUAGUUUGCUCAUUAACAAUAGCGUCAUAUCAACACAAGUAGGAAGAGAAAAUAGAAUUUUGUAUUGAUCAAAUAGGAGAUUCUGAAGAAGAUUAACGUUGAAAGAAGCUCACUUGUCCAUUUACACGACACUUGAAGGAAGAUGCGCGUAGAAAAACAUUAUCGAGUUUAACUCCAAAAUAACACUGUAAUCCCUUACUGAUUCAUCUCAAGUUUCCUGCACUGGUUUCUGAAGAGUGGCCGGAAUGUCAUGCUGGUUUUUGUAACGUACAGUAAGCGUUUAAACAC